CCGGCUCAGUCGAUAAAGGCAGCGCCACUCCCCGUCGCCUCGGGAAGCUUCCGGACUCCACGCGAACCUUGAUCUCGUCUCCUUCCUCCCCUCUGGCGGCGCCACUCCGAUCGAUCCUCCCCGUCCGCGACCAAUAUGAGGAGAGGCUACAGCUACAGCCCAUCCCCACCACCGAGAGGCUACAGGGGAAGGGCCCGUAGCCCAAGUCCCCGUGAUCGUUAUGAUGGUCGGGGUAGAGAUCUCCCAACCAGUCUUUUGGUCAGGAACCUUCGUCGUGACUGCAGGCCAGAUGACCUUCGCCGGCCAUUUGCACAGUUUGGUCGUCUUAAAGACGUAUAUAUUCCAAGGGAUUACUAUACUCAGGAGCCACGGGGAUUUGGGUUUGUGCAGUACUUUGAUCCCAACGAUGCGGCAGACGCAAAAUACUACAUGGAUGGACAGGUCAUUCUUGGUAGAGAAGUUGCAGUUGUUUUUGCACAGGAGAACAGAAAGAAGCCUGCUGAGAUGAGAACCAGAGAAAGUAGCAGAGGUCGGUCUUACGAUCGGCGGCACUCUCCUUCCCCAAGGGGGCGGCCAUCUUACCGCGGCCGUAGCUACUCAAGGUCUCCAUCACCUCGGCCCGCAAGGCGGAGGUUCAGAGACGAGUCUCCCUCGCGCUCCCGCUCGCCCAGCGGAUCGAGGAGUGCGAGUCCAUUGGAUGGGAAGUACGGCAGGUCCUCACGAAGAGAGAGGUCGAUUUCGGUUAGCGGUUGAAGCAUCAGUAGCUCUGCUCGGGUCUCUAGAACUGUAGUGGACUUGCUCGUGGGAAUCUAAGUUUGCUAUCGCUUUUGUGAACCGCGCUAACCGUGGAUUUAUAGAGAGAAGAUUGCCGUCGUGUAUCAGCAAGAGUAUGUCAAACUGUGUCUGCGGCUCUGUACCUUUGCACUAGAUUAUUUAGCGCAUAAAUAAAAUGACUCUGCAUUGCAUA